AUGUCCAACGAUUGGUGGUCCACCCCCUCCCGCACCGCCCCCACCCCCAACCUCACCCGCUCCCAAUCCCUGCGCCAAUCCCGGUACGCCCCCACCGCUGGCGACGAGCUCGACCCCGAAGACGCCAAAGCCGCCGAUGCCAUCAAAUUCUUGCCUUCUUUUGCGUCGUCCCAGGCGGGCAAGAUGACGCUGGGGACGAGCCCGACGGGGGGGAUGAGUACGUAUGGGGGGUAUGUGGGGAGUCCGCAAGGGGAGAGGAGGAGUCCGCAGGGGAGAUUGAGUGGUUCGGUGCAUGAGGCAAACUCUCCACGACACACCACCCGGGCACGAACGCUGGCCCACCAGAGCGGCGUACUCGGCUCCUCGUACAACCCCAACGCCAUGGACGAAGAUAUGCCCCCGACAGCCAGCCUGAGAGAUAGCGUGACUGACACGAGGAGCGCACCUGUGCUCGCCACCAACGAACUCCCGACGCCACCAUCGCUCAUCCCAACGCGCACCACCACCUCCCUCUACAUCUUUGGCCCGCCCUCCGCCAUCCUCUCCACCCUCGAGCCCUACCUCGCCCAGUUUGGCACUGUCCAAUCCUACCAUCCCGGCCCCGAAGGCUCCAACUGGUACAUUGUCGAAUUCGCCACCCCCCUCGCUGCAUCGUACGCUCUCCGGCGCCACGGUGACAUCGUCCAAGGCAAGUGGAUGAUCGGCUUCAAAGUCGGCAAUGGAGGUAGUAUGGAGGGGUUCAAUGCUGGAGCAGUAGCGGAAGGAGGCGAGGCUGUGGUGGUACCCCCACCGGCUGCUGGGACGCCGAUCAGGGUGCAGAAUGCGUCAAUUUUGAGGCCGAAGCCGGUACCGCAAGCUGUGGUGAAGGCGGCCAAGAGUGGGAAUGAGUAUGCGUGGGAUGAGCCGGAGGGGCAGCCGGGGUGGACGGGAUGGGUAACGGAGAGACUGUUUGGGAGAUGA